AGCGAAGCGCGGCAGCCCCCUCCCCCGCCUGCCCGCCGGCUGCCGCCUUCCCUCGCCGCUCGGCCGGGCUGCGCCGCCGCCACCGCCGCCGCCUCCAUCUUGUGCGUGUGUCCCCUGAUCCCCCCCCUCCCCUUCGCCUCCACACGGCAGCGGGAGCGGCGGGGGCGCUGGAGCGAGCGGGGCCCCGGGGAGGGGGGGGGCUGGGGGGGUGGUGGGGGGCGAAGCGGCACCGGGGCCGGAGCGGCGGCGGCGGGAGCAGCGGCGGCAGCGGCAUGAGGAGGCGGCGCUGAGGAGGCGGCGGUAGCCGGAGCGGACGGAGCCGACAUCUUGUGCCCUCCCCUCCCGCCGGCGGCUGGGUGAGCCCGUCCGCCCCAGGGGGGAGGGGAGGGGAGGGGAGGGGGAGGCGGAAAGAGAAGAUUUACAGAAAAAAAAGGAAAACAACAAAAAAAAACCAACCCCAAAACCAACCCCCCCAAAACAAACACCCCGAACCCAAAAGGAGGCGGCGGCACCGGCGGAGACCGCCGCGGCGGCGGCGCGCUGAGGCAGGGUCUCCGGAGCGCAGCCAUGAGGAAGCCUCGGAGGAGGUCCCAGCAGAACUGGGAGGGGAGACGUUCCCCCUCUCCCUACAGCCUCAAGUGCUCUCCCAGCCGGGAGACGCUGACGUACGCCCAGGCCCAGCGCAUCGUGGAGGUUGAUAUCGACGGGCGGCUGCACCGCAUCAGCAUCUACGACCCCUUGAAGAUCAUCACGGAGGACGAGCUGACUGCCCAGGACAUCACAGAGUGCAACAGCAACAAGGAAAACAGUGAGCAGCCCCUUUUCCCUUCCAAAUCCAAGAAAACACCUUCCAAAGGCAAGAAGAAGGAAUCCUGCUCCAAACACGCGCCAGGGACAUCUUUACACUUACCCCAACCCAACUUCCGCGUGGUGGAUUCCUUCAGCCAGCCGGAUGCUCCCCCUCUCCCCGCCGCCUACUACCGCUACAUCGAGAAGCCUCCCGAGGACCUGGAUGUGGAGGUGGAGUAUGACAUGGAUGAGGAGGAUCUGGCCUGGCUGGAAAUGGUCAAUGAGAAGAGAAGGGACGACGGUUACGGGACGGUUUCUGCUGACACUUUUGAGCUGCUGGUGGAUCGAUUGGAAAAGGAAUCGUACCUGGAGAGCCGGAACAACGGGGCUCAGCAGUCCCUCAUCGAUGAGGACGCCUUCUGCUGCGUCUGCAUGGACGACGAGUGUCACAACAGCAAUGUCAUCCUGUUCUGUGACAUCUGCAACCUGGCUGUGCACCAGGAGUGUUACGGUGUGCCCUACAUCCCCGAGGGCCAGUGGCUCUGCCGCUGCUGCUUGCAGUCCCCUUCUCGCCCUGUGGAUUGUGUCCUUUGCCCUAACAAAGGUGGAGCCUUCAAACAGACCAGCGAUGGCCGCUGGGCUCACGUGGUCUGUGCCAUCUGGAUCCCAGAGGUCUGCUUUGCAAACACUGUGUUCCUGGAGCCCAUUGAAGGGAUAAACAACAUCCCCCCGGCUCGGUGGAAGCUCACGUGCUAUAUCUGCAAGAAGAAAGGCAUGGGAGCUGCCAUCCAGUGCCACAAGGUAAACUGUUACACUGCCUUCCACGUCACCUGUGCCCAGCGGGCUGGGCUCUUCAUGAAGAUCGAACCCAUGAGGGAGACCAGCAUCAACGGCACGACGUUCACCGUGCGCAAGACUGCCUACUGCGAGAGCCAUUCCCCGCCCGGCACGGUGAGGAAAGGGGCUGCAGCUGCUGGGGGUGAGAGGCACGAGCACACCGUGAAGGAGGAGGGAGAGGAGGAAGCCAAUUCUGGCCCUCCCAAAGGAUCUCUGAAAAAGAACCAAGUGAAAUUGAAGCAAAAGAUCAAAAAGGAGCCUGGUGAUGUGACCAAUGGGCAUUCGUCUGCACCCAUGGUGACCGUCACACAGAUCCCCUCCUACAGGCUGAACAAAAUCUGCAGUGGCCUGUCCCUUCAGAGGAAGAACCAGUUCAUGCAGAGGCUCCACAACUACUGGCUGCUGAAGCGGCAGGCGAGGAACGGGGUGCCCCUGAUCCGGCGCCUGCACUCGCACCUCCAGUCCCAGAGGAGUGCAGAGCAGAAGGAGCAGGAUGAGAAGACCAGUGCAGUGAAGGAAGAGCUGAAGUAUUGGCAGAAGCUGCGGCACGACCUGGAGCGCGCGCGGCUGCUCAUCGAGCUCAUCCGGAAGCGGGAGAAACUCAAACGGGAGCAGGUGAAGGUUCAGCAGGCUGCUCUGGAGCUCCAGCUCACCCCUUUCAAUGUCUUGCUGCGCACAACGCUGGACCUGCUGCAGGAGAAGGAUGCAGCUCAGAUCUUUGCAGAGCCCGUUAACCUGAAUGAGGUUCCAGAUUACCUGGAAUUCAUUUCCAACCCAAUGGAUUUUUCCACCAUGAGGCGGAAGCUGGAGUCCCACCUGUACCGAACGUUGGAUGAGUUUGAGGAAGACUUUAACCUUAUAGUUACCAACUGCAUGAGGUAUAAUGCUAAAGACACGAUUUUCCACCGAGCAGCUGCCCGGCUCCGGGACCUCGGGGGAGCGAUUUUGCGUCACGCGCGGCGUCAGGCUGAAAGCAUCGGCUUUGACACUGCUGUGGGGAUUCACCUGCCUGAGUCACCCAAAACCCAGGACUUUUACCGCUUUUCUUGGGAGGAUGUGGAUAACAUCCUCCUCCCAGAGAACCGGGCCCACCUCUCCUUGGAGGCCCAGCUGAAGGAGCUGCUGGAGAAGCUGGACAUGGUGAGCUCCAUGAGGUCCAGCGGCGCCCGGACGCGCCGCAUCCGCCUCCUGAGACGGGAGAUCAACUCCGUGCGGCAGAAGCUGUCCCAGCAGCAGAGCAAGACCCUGCCCAACGGGGAGCCUGUGCCAGGGGAAGAGGGGCUGGAUAAAACGUCAAGGGAAGGCGAUGAGGAAGGGGAGAAAGCAGAUGAUGCCAAGUCCCGGCACCCUCCAACCCUGGAGCCCACAGGACCCGCCCCCUCCCUGUCAGACCUGGACUCUCUGCAGGACCCUCCAACGCUCAGACCCAUCAGUGACAGCAAGUCCUUGAACCAGCUGCAGAAGAGGGUGAUGUCAGACAGGGAGCUGUUUGAGAAGAAGGCCCUGCAGCGGGAGAGCGAAGCCUUCCAGCGCCUGCUGAGCGACAACGGCCUCAACGGCCUGGCCCUGCCGCCCACGGAGCCCCCCGCCAGCCCCCCGCUCAGCGGCGUGGGCCGACGGACCUCUGUGCUCUUUAGAAAGGCCAAGAAUGGGGUGAAGCUGCAAAGAGGCCUGGAGUGCUCCCUGGAGAACGGGGAGGAGCAUGGGCAGAGAGGGCAGCGAUCCCCCUCCCGCCCUGACGGGGAGCGACAAGGUCGGAAGCGGCCGCAGAGCAGGAGCUGCAACGAGAGCGAUGGAGAGAGGUCACCCAGGCAGGCAGGACAGAAAGCAGGAGUGACUAAUGGCUUCACAAAGCACACAGAAAGUGGCUCUGACUCCGAGUGCAGCUCUGGCCUGGGUGCUGGCCUGGGGUUUGAAGCCUGCAGUGGGUUGAUGCCUCCCAAGCGAAGCCGAGGGAAACCAGCUCUUUCCCGGGUGCCCUUCUUGGAAGGUGUGAAUGGAGACUCUGAUUACAGCAGCUCAGGCAGAGCUCUCCUGAUGUCCUUUGAGAGUCAGGCUGAGCUGGAGCCCUUGGAGCUCGUGUGGGCCAAGUGCCGUGGCUAUCCCUCCUACCCUGCCUUGAUCAUCGAUCCAAAGAUGCCACGUGAGGGUUUGCUCCACAAUGGAGUCCCCAUCCCAGUGCCACCCAUGGAUGUGUUGAAACUGGGGGAGCAGAGGCAGACAGAGGCAGGAGAAAAGCUCUUCCUUGUCCUUUUCUUUGACAACAAGAGAACCUGGCAGUGGCUUCCACGUGACAAGGUCUAUCCCCUGGGUGUGGAUGACACAGUGGACAAGCUGAAGAUGAUGGAAGGACGAAAAACCAACAUCCGCAAGUCGGUGCAGGUGGCGUACGACCGCGCCAUGAUCCACAUGAGCCGGGUCAGGGGGGAUCACCCCUUCCUCACGGCCUCCUACCUGUAAGGGAUCCAGCUGGAUGCUCCUCCUCCUCCUCCUCCAGACCCUGAGCAGACUCUCCUGCACUGGCUGGCCAUGGGAUGUUGUUCCCAGCAGCUGUCAGCAGCUCCUCAGAGAACUCUGAAACGUGCCAAAAAAAGAAAAGCCUGUCCAGCUUCUUCCUGAAUGUGUCUCGCUGAAGAGCUGGCAGGAGAUGAAACGUGGAGUCUGCAGGACCAGGAGUUCAGGUAGCUAGGAGAAGCUGCCAGGUGAUGGGGAGCCAAGGGGAGCUGCUGCAGUGAGCACAGCACUGGGAUGUUCAGACCUCCUGCACCCUCCCUCACUCCCCACCUCCCCCUCCCCAGGGGUUUGGAAGUCAACCAGCCCUGAGUGAUUCCCAGGAACCUGACACCACUGUAAACCCAAUCAGAAUCCUUUAUGGAAAUCCCAACUGGACUUUCUGUGCCAAAUUUACCCUGACCAUCAUUGGCCUUGUCAGUUUUUUGUUAUUUAAAUGCCGUUGAUUGUCCCAUCCCAUUGGAAAACAAACCGUGUUCAGGUGGA